AUGCUCCUAUUUAUUUCCUUAUUCGCCAUCAUAUCUCUUAUCCAAUUCAUCCAACCCAACAAGUUCUCUAAUGCUCCCGAAGGCUCUGAAGACAAGAUCCUCGAAGAACACUCUUGGCAUCAAUUUGCUCUUCUUGGCAUCACAUUUGUUGUCGGACUUGUCAGAGGUUGGAUUGCGAUAGGCGCGCCAGAUGUGCCCCAGCGUCUUCCGAAUAUGAAAAGACCCAUGUAUUUUGUGAUUGGUUAUGGCGUGUUUCAAGCAAUUCUCGGGAUAUCACUGACUUUUUUGCAUUCUCCCGAUUCGGAGACCAGAUACCUCAUAACCACUGUGUCACAAGUUCUACUGGCAGUACUUCUCGGCUAUUUCGCGUUUCCAUACCUAUUCACGUGUACUAUCUACUACACUUGGAUAUUCUUCCCAACAUUCUUAUGCACGAUGUUUUUUAUCAUGCCACUGGUUAAAUAUCAAGAGUGUUACUACAGUCAAUACAUAUGUUGGGUGUUGAUGAUAUUCGUUGGUCUACUCGAAUUGUAUUUGAUGGCUGUUAAUCAAAUUUAUGAUGGAUAUCACCAUUCUCAGCGUCCACCGCCGAGGCCUUUCUAUUCGUAA